CUUCACCUCGAUGCCACCACAAUAACUGCGGCGCAUAUUGCGAUUCAACAUAGUCAGCCAGAUUGCUGCACGAUCUGUUCACAGACAGGCGACAUCCAAUCAUGGCCCAGUUCGCCGUACAGCCGUCGCUCGACACGGUGCGCGAGGUCCUCGCUGCUGCCAUUGAGUCGCCCAACCCGCCCAACCUCGUUCCCGUCUUCUCCUCCAUAUCCGCCGAGUUCCUGACGCCGGGUCUCAUAUAUCUCAAGAUCGCUGAGCAGGCAAAAUCGAAGCUGUCAUUUCUGUUCGAAAGUGCCGCUACAACUGAGACGAUUGGGCGAUACAGUUUCGUUGGUGCAGACCCGCGCAAGAUCCUCAAGACAGGCAAAGGCCAUGGCCCCGAAACCGAUCCGCUGCCUCUGCUCGAGAAGGAGCUCGCGAAGAGCAGAGUGGCAACCGUGCCUUCGAUACAAUUACCUCCGAUGACUGGCGGCGCAGUGGGUUACGUUGGAUAUGACUGCGUGCAAUACUUCGAGCCGAAAACGAAGCGAGAUGACAUGAAAGAUGUGCUGGGCGUACCCGAGAGUCUCUUCAUGCUGUUCGAUACCGUGGUAGCUCUGGACCACUUUUCGCAGGUUGUCAAGGUCAUCACCUAUGUCAAGGUGCCCGGAAGUCUCGACGACCUCGAGAAGGCGUACAACGAAGCCAAGGAGACUUUGAAAAAAUACACAGCGCUGUUGAAAAAGAGGGACAGAAUUCCGGAACCGGAGCAGCAGCCGAUUCGAAAGGGCCAGGAAUACAAAUCCAACAUCGGGCAGGACGGUUACGAAGGCCAUGUUAAGAGACUGAAAGAGCACAUAAGCGUGGGCGACAUAAUCCAGGCCGUCCCGUCGCAACGAUUCGCGCGACCGACCUCUCUACAUCCGUUCAACAUCUACCGGCAUCUGCGCAACGUGAACCCGUCACCAUAUCUCUUCUACGUCGACUGCGAGGACUUCCAGAUUGUGGGCGCAAGCCCGGAAUUGCUGGUCAAGGAGGAGCAGGGCCGAAUCAUCACGCACCCCAUCGCGGGCACCGUCAAGCGAGGCAAGACGCUACAAGAGGAUGCCGCUCUGGCAGAGGAGCUGUCCAACUCCAUCAAGGACCGGGCCGAGCAUGUUAUGUUGGUCGACCUAGCCAGAAAUGACGUAAAUCGCGUCUGCGACCCGCUCACCACACGUGUCGACAAGCUGAUGGUCGUUCAAAAGUUUUCCCAUGUGCAGCACUUGGUAUCCGAGGUGUCAGGGGUGCUGCGACCUGGCAAGACGCGCUUUGACGCGUUCCGGUCCAUCUUCCCCGCCGGCACGGUGAGCGGGGCACCAAAAGUUCGCGCAAUGGAGCUGAUCGCCGAGCUCGAGCGGGAAAAGCGCGGUGUGUACGCCGGGGCCGUGGGUUACUUCGGCUACAGCAGCGUGGACGGCGAGCGCGAGAUUGAGGGUGCCAUGGACACAUGCAUUGCGCUGCGAACAAUGCUGGUCAAAGACGGUAUCGCUUAUCUCCAAGCCGGGGGCGGAAUUGUCUUCGACUCGGAUCCUUACGAUGAGUGGAUGGAGACGAUCAACAAACUAGGCGCGAACAUGCAAUGCAUCACCACGGCGGAGCAGAAGCACCUGGACGAACAGGCAGAGGCGGAGGACGCAGCGACGGCGCAAUCGGCACCAGGCACGGAUGCGCACAUCUCCCUUGCAGCGUAGCGGCCGCGGUGGACCAUGGGCUGCGCCGUGACCCAUGACACUAGGGCAGCGUGGUGGCAGCGAUGGGGAGGCUGGCAAACAACGCCGCGAUCGAGUGAAUGUGGGACACAGUGCACGGCGCUAGAAUCCCAUUUCCCAAGCAUGAGCGGCGGGCGAAUCAUCGCACACUCAGCCUCGCCGAGUGCAAAGGCAGGCGCAAAUGGGCGACGAGGUUGGACUGCAGACUUAGAGAACUAGACGUCACACGUCGCGUAGAAGCGCGGCACAAGCUUUGGCUAGCACAGCAGCUCACACCAUGCAUAACUGCGUGCCACGAGGCGACGACGUGCUGUGUACUGUGUACGAUCACAGAGCGGCUCUGAGCAGAGGCGCAGUGGUCGGGAUGGCGACGGCGGCGCAGUGCCAGGGCCCUGAGACGUGACGCUCCGCUCGGU